GUGUGUGUGUGUGUGUGUGUGUGUGUGUGUGUGUGUGUGUGUGUGUGUGUGUGCUUUUCCUCCCUCUCUCUCACUGUGCCAUGCCAUUUCUCCCGCAGGAAGCUGAGAGGUUCAAUGGACUGUCGCUCCUAUACUGGACCAUCAUGGGCCCACACGGCAUCAGCCGAGCCGUCCACAGACUGGAGUUCUGCGACUGUAAGCGUGGCCUCGGUGUGAAGGUAAUCGGAGGCUGCCGAGACGUGACCGGGGAGGACUUUGGCGUCUACGUGAAGAGAGUGGUGGCGGGGGGACUGGCUGCCCUGGACGGUCGGCUUAAGUCGGGUGACCUGAUUCUGGACGUCAACAACAUCAGCCUGAUCGGGGUCACCAGCGAGAGGGCGGUGGAGAUCCUGAGGACGGCGUCCUUGUCCAAUCACAUGUCUCUGCUGGUUACCAGGGACGACGAGUCCAGGCGGGAGUUUGUGGAGCUGAUGGAGAAGUACGGCUCCGGCCCGUUCGCGUCUUCGGGUCUCAUCUCGCCAACGCCGCUGUCAGCAGGGAAGCUGCCGGACACGUCUUCCUCCUCCUCCAGGUCUGAGAGCCCCCAGCUCCUCAGUCCCAAAGAGGGGGUUUGUAGCCACGCCCCCUCCUACAGCGACCACGUCAUCCAGCUGAUCUGCAUCGCCAAGGGAAGCGGACUGGGCCUCGCCAUCAAGGGGGGCUCCAACCGUGCUGAGGGUCCCAUGGUGUCCAUCCAGGAGGUGGUGUGUGGAGGAGACUGCCAGAAGGACGGCAGGCUGCAGGUAGGAGACCAGCUGGUGUCCAUCAACAAGGAGUCUCUCAUUGGAGUGACCUACGAGGAGGCCAGGAGCAUCCUGACUCGCACCAAACUCAGACCUGAUCCCACCGUGGAAGUGGCCUUCAUCCGGCGGCGGACUUCCUCCAGCUCCGGCAGCGGGCCCCACAGUCCCAUCUCCGUGCAGGGCUCUGGAGCCCAAGCGAGGCCCCCGGGUCUGAUGGCAGGACCGCCCCUACCAGUGGUGGUCACCAAGAUCACGUCCUGCAGGAACCCUGCCAGUGAGACCCUGCCCACGCUCAACCUCAGCCAGGUUCGAGUGUCUGCGGCCAGAACAGAGCAGACGUCCACACCUGAGGCCGCUACAAACACUGACGGCGCCAGCAGCGAAGGUGCCGUCAUCAGACCGGAGCGACUGGAGCAGGUGACAAUGUUGCCACUAUCACUCUUUGGGCCGGGCCUGGCUGAGAGACACAUCUCUUUUGGCGGCCCGGCCCUAUGGUUAGGAAACACUGGUCUAAAGGGGACGAUACGAUCAUGUGGUGCGCGGCGUAUUGAUGUGAUGCACCUAUUGAUCCGUGUGCAUGCUCAGGCUCUGGACCUCCUCCGCCUGAAGCCCACAGAAGCUGAGCGGCAGGCGUUCAGGUCCCGACUCCAAGCAGACCCGGCCGGGACGGUGGCCUUCACAGACUUUGAGAAGCUGACCAAGGACGUGUUCAGGCCUCAGCUGGAGGAGCUGGGGUCAAAGUUCACAUCCGAAGACCUGUUAAGUCUGCAGGAGUCGCCCACUCGCCAGCGGGAUUCGGAGGAAAUGGAGCGCGUGAGGAAGGAGCAGACGGAGGCUGUGAGGGAGAUGAAGAGGCUGCAGGAGCAGCUGCUGGAGUCUCAGAGGGUCCACGUGCAGAUGCAGGAGGAGCUGGACCGAGUCAAACAGGAAGCGAAAGUAGGGGCGGAGGAGCUGCGUGAUCUCAGGGCCGGCAUGCAGCUGGCGGAGGAGGCCCAGAGGCAGGCGCGAGGCAUGGAGAUGGACUACGAGGAGGUGGUCCACCUGCUGGAGGCCGAGAUCGCUGACCUGAAGAACCAAAGAGCCCGGCAGGAAGACGGCGAGCAGCUGAAGAAGAACGUGGCCGUGCUGGAAUGUCAGCUGCGGAAGAGCGACGCCGCCAGGAAGGCUUUUGAGACGUCCACCGAAAAACUGCUGAGUUUUGUGGAGAAUGUGGAAGAGUUCCUGCGUGAAGGACUUGGACCCGCCAAGACUUCCAGCUGCGGCGGCGAGGUGAAGGCGGGGCCUCACAAGAAGAAGGCGUCUUCGCUGCUGCAGGAGGCCAAGGAUCUGAGCAGGAGUGUGCGGACCACCAUGGACGUGGACAGUAAGUGGACCACCAUGGACGUGGACAGUCUUCCUUCCGGCUGUGAGGAGGCCUACACGGCAGACGGGGUCAAGUACUUCAUCAAUCAUGUGACCCAGACCACCUCGUGGCGCUCACCAGGGACCAGCGGCGCCGUGACCCCGACGACUCCGCCCCCGAUGACCCCGCCCCCGAUGACCCCGCCCCCGACGACCUCGCCCCCGGACGGCUCCAGCGGCGAGCCGGAGUGUCAGCGCGGAGCGUCCUUGGAGACGGAGAUGUAG